GUUGGGGGGGCUAUUAACCGCGCGUGCUCGUCGAGGAUCGUCGAGAGCUGCAGCUGCCAUGUCAGGGUCUCCUUCGGCUGAGAUUAGGGGAAUUAUAAGUGCAGGCGGUGCGGGCACAGCGUCCCCAGUCAAGAUUUGCUUCUGCAACGUUGGGUUCUCCAGCGGUUGAGGAAAUCCGACCUUGCGGGCAGGCAGCGCGGCUCAGUGGUGAAAGGCUGGCAGCAGCUGCCCGUGUACUUGCUGUGUGGCAGGUCUCGAGGAGGGUGGCGGUCGUUUUUGGUUGUGGUUUGUAGCCGUCUGAGGGAUUGCGGUAUUCGCUCUUAAGGUCGGGACCGGCCGGUGUGUCUGCACAGUUGAAUUCUCGUUGGUUGUAGUUGAAGGAGUAGUGAAUGGCGCAUAGUCAUCGUCUUGCAAGUUCGGCGUGACUUGUGAGGUGGAGUCAUCGUCUUUUCCGUGGCAAGUACAAGCGGUCUUCUGGAAGAGCCUGUAAGAGCCAUGCCUGCCUCGGCUCAACGCUGUAGUGGAUGCGUGGGUGUCGAUAAUGAAGGGAUUUGGGUGACCUAUUAACUGGAAGGAGAAUCUAGCAUUCAGUUUUCGUCUUCCAUCUCAAAGCUAGUUUGUAGCAUUUCAACUGGCUCAUGUACUUAUAGAUUAUUCGCCUUAGCUUCACUCAAUAUUUUAGAGAACUUGCACAGGCGUCUGAAAUGGAGAGAUCUUGCAAUUCUUCAAUGUGAAGGUUUUGUCUUGUAGGAGUGAUAUAAGUCCGGGUAAGAUCUUUAAACAAGAGUGUGUUAGUGGUAGUCAUCGUGUAAGAGGACUUCUUCCGAUUAAUUUUUUUUGAUCGACGGAGGUAGUGAGCAUGAUUUAUAAGUUCGAGGGUGCCCCUAGUUUCGACAGUUUCGACCAAGGAGACACCGAAAGCGCAGACGUAGGAUUGCUACGAGCGAGCUUGACUACUUUAGGAGAAGGAAUGGUGGGUGGUAUGUUGCUGAGAUCUAAGCGAGCAGGAGUCGUCGGUGGAGAGACUUUAUCUUCCUCUUGCAAUUCAACAUUGUCGGUGUCUCCUCUGUCAUCUGGUUCUCCAUCGACUAACGGAGCCCUGGUCUCCAUGAAAAACAUGGCUGUCGCGGCUCCGAAGAAGCACGCUCCGAAUCUCGACAAGGCCCGCCUGAUGACAUGGAUCGAUGCAAUGAGAGCGCAGUCCCCACCCCGAUUCCGCUCACUUCAUGGAGAAAAUCCUGAAACUAUUGACAUGGAGGCAGCGGCGUACAGCGCUUGGCUUGAGAAGCAUCCUUCAGCCUUGAGUACUUUUGAGAAAGUAGCAAAACUUGCUAAAAACAAACAAGUAGUUGUGUUUCUGGAUUACGACGGUACUUUGUCACCCAUAGUCUCGAAUCCAGACCGGGCUAUAAUGACCGAUGAGAUGCGGAGUACAGUGAAGGAGGUGGCCACUUGUUUUCCUACCGCUAUAAUCAGCGGAAGAGCUCGCCCAAAGGUCUACGAAUUUGUGCAACUGUCCGAGUUGUACUAUGCGGGAAGUCAUGGAAUGGACAUAAUGGGUCCUGCAAAUAGCGCAAGUGUUUUCAAGAUCAAUGGCACUCUAGCGAAAGACAAAAUGGGGAAUGAUGUUGUGUUCUUCCAACCUGCCAGCGAAUUCCUUCCAUUGAUGGAAAAGGUUUGCAAUAUCUUGGUAGAGACCACCAAAUCCAUUAAGGGUGCAAGAGUCGAAAAUAACAAAUUCUGUGCCACUGUUCACUUUCGCAACGUGAAAGAGGAGCUUUGGGAAGCCCUUGCAUCAAAGAUACAGAAUAUUUUGAAGGACUAUCCAACUUUGAGCCUCACACAUGGCAGAAAGGUGUUGGAAGUUCGUCCAGCCAUUGUAUGGGACAAAGGCAAAGCUGUAAAUUAUCUUCUAAAUUCUCUCGGUUUUGCUGACUCUAGUGACGUUUUCCCUGUUUACAUUGGAGACGAUCGUACAGAUGAAGAUGCCUUUAAGUUGCUGAAUGGUAUGAAGCACAGUUGCAGCAUCUUGGUGACAUCUGUUCCUAAAUCCACAACGGCUUCUCUUUCCCUUCGGGAUCCUUCAGAGGUUAUGGAAUACUUGCGACGACUAGUUCACUGGAAAAAGUGGGGAUCAGAAAAACGGAAUAGCGUCCAAAAUGGUCGUUACUUCGUCAACUGAUUAUGAAAAUCACACCGCCUAAGCUGGGGCUAUACCUUUUGCUGCUUAACAAUACGAGAAUUUCUUGGUUGCAUCAUUUUUGAUCGUGGCAUGCUCAACCUUGUUAUACACUGGUUUGUGGGCCAUGUUAGCCUCCCCCUAUCACCUCAUACCCAACGAUUCGCAGCAGAGCUUCUUCAUCAACUGCAAUACUUUUCAACUCAUGCAAACGGACGUGCAGGAGCAAUCGGAUUUGGUGUGUCUUUGUAUACAAUGCUGGAGAUGAGAAGAGGGUAGAUGCUGCAGCGACGCACAAGUGCGACACUGGUUCGGGGUGGAGGACCAGGCUGAUUUCAAGCGGCUUCUGCAUCAUUUAUCAUUGUGCUGUUUUGGGAAAAAAGAAAAGAAAAGAAAAGAGAAGACUAGUUAAGGAAAGAAAAAGACAGCAGAAUAUCCUGUAGAGUACCCAAAUGCUCGUGAAUGCACAUUCACAUUUAUAGAGCCGGCGUCACCGAAAUGACUCCCAGAAUUAAAAAAAAAAAAAAAAAAAAAAAAAGCGCUAAAAAACACUAAAAAACACUAAAAAACACUAAAAAACUAAAAAAACAACAAAUAAAUAAAUAAAUAAAUAAAAUAAAACUUCUCUGUUAGUUAGCUGUCUGCACAAGCACCGGAGUGAGUGAGUGAGUGACUGUGGGCAAUCUCCCAACGGCUGUGCAUGUAUCAUCAACCAGAAUGUGGUGAAUAUAUAACAAUGGAAACAGCAAUUCAUAUAAUUUCACAAUAUAUAUUUUUGAA